GAAACUCGAGUUCAUGCGCGCCUCUACCCUCUGGCAGCGCAAUUUUGCUGGUUUUUCCUGGUCUUUCCAGGCACAUAUAUCUCGCCAGUCCUCUCCUAUCUCCCGAGCACAAACCUUCGCUAGGCAACACCCCCGAUCCCUUCACAUCGAUUCCAAAGCCGAGACCGAGCUCAAGGAACUCUUCCGACGAGUACCAUGGCCGACAACACGACGGGAGGAGCUGGCGCUGGUUCAAAGCGUAAGAACCGUAAUAUGGGAAGGUCCGAAUGGAGUCGACAAGCCCUAGACAAGAGGAAGCGCGCUGAAGAACGGGAAGCGGCGAAGCGUCGCAAGAUCGAGAAUGGUGAACAGGUCACGAAUCCGAUUUAUGCUACCGAGUUCUCCAAGGAGGAAAUUGACAAUGAGGAGCGCCGGCCGAAGAAGAAAGUUGCGGUCAUGAUCGGAUAUUCGGGAACUGGUUACUACGGCAUGCAAUUAACUGAAGACAAGCCCACUAUCGAAGGAGAGCUGUUCUCAGCCUUGGUCGCAGCCGGUGCGAUUUCCAAGGCCAAUGCAACAGAUCCCAAGAAGUCCUCCUUUAUUCGCUGUGCCCGUACCGACAAGGGUGUUCAUGCUGCAGGCAACGUCGUCUCGCUUAAGAUGAUCAUUGAGGAUCCGGACAUUGUGGAGAAGAUCAAUUCCCAUCUCAGCCCUCAAAUCCGGGUUUGGGGGUUGGAGCAAACGGCAAAGAGUUUCAGCUGUUAUCAGAUGUGUGACUCUCGAGUCUACGAGUAUCUGCUCCCAAGUCACUGUCUCCUUCCUCCUCAUCCCAGUACAUUUUUGGGAAGAAAGAUUGUGGAGCAGGCUGAGAAGGCGGGCGACCUGGACCAGGUCAUGGCCCGGCAAGAAGAGGUCGCCGGUUACUGGGAGAAGGUGGACGAGGAAUACAUCAAGCCCAUCCUGGACAGCGUCCCAGAGGAUAUCCGCAACAUCGUUCAACAAUCUCUCUUCUCUAGCGAUGCGACUCCCGAGGAUCUUGAAAAGGAGGAUCUACCCGCUGUGGAGGAGCCAGAAAAGCUUACCGAGGAAACGACGCAGCCGCAAGAAUCUGGCCCUGGCGAACCGAAGGAAGACCAAACAUUCGUCAUGGACCCCCGACAAAGGCUUAUUCUUGACACCACCAAGGCCGUCAAGGCAGCUUAUAUCAAGGCCCGUCGAGCCUACCGGGCACCUCCGUCUCGUAUUGCUCGCCUGCAGGAGAGCCUUGACCGAUAUGUGGGCACACCGAACUUCUACAACUAUACUAUUCAGAAGACCUUCAAGGACCCCUCGGCUAAGCGCCACAUCAAAUCAUUCAACGUUAACACGACUCCCGUGGUCAUCAACGGUACCGAGUGGCUUAGUUUGAAGGUUCACGGUCAAAGUUUCAUGAUGCACCAAAUCCGCAAAAUGGUGGCUAUGGCUUCCCUUGUUGUUCGUUGCGGCUGCCACCCGGACCGAAUCAAGGACUCCUACGGACCCGACCGUAUUGCCAUUCCUAAAGCUCCUGGACUCGGACUUCUGCUCGAGCGACCCAUCUUCGACAGCUACAACGCUAAGGCCAGCACUCUUGGCCGUGGCCCUGUUAAUUUCGAAAGGUUCACAAAGGAGAUGGAUGAGUUCAAACAGCGUGAAAUCUACGACCGGAUCUUCCGCGAAGAAGAACAGACUUCGGCAUUUGGCAAUUUCUUCAACCACAUCGAUCACUAUCAGAACAACUUCUUCUUGUACUGCACUUCUGGUGGUAUCGCGGCUGCGAAGCUUGUGACUGCUCCUACUGAAAAAAGUGCCUCCAAGGGAGAAGGUAACAAGGCCGAUAAGGACCAGAGCGCUGCAUUGGCCGAAGUUGAAGGUUCAGAGGACGAGGGUGAGCUGCCCACUGGUGGUGAAGAAGGCAACUGAAAGGAAUUUUGUCCGAGACGGCCUCGAGAUUUCUUUAGCCUUCAUAGCAUAUAAAAGUUUGAAUGACAUGUCCAAUCGAUGUUAGAGUAUCUUGAUUUUUUGGGUUGUGGGGAAAGAUGAGACAUUUCAAAUGGUGUAGCCCAAUCCACCACCGAAGGCCAAGAGCACAGAGCGUGACGAAGAUAAACAAACCAACA